AUGAGGAGUAACACCCUAUAAAAAUGUGAGAUGACGCGUUGCGAUGUGCGUGCUGCGUUUUAUUCUGAUGGGAUCCAGCUUUCCAGUUUUAUCUAUACGCCUACAUGGACGGCUCUGGAUUAUGCUUAUUCUUCCUCAGAGCCGUUAAGUCUUCGUACCUUCCGGAAUAAUAAUACAAAAGUAACCUUCGGUGCAACACAAGACUACAGCUCAGACGCACAACCUCUUCGUCUUCUUAGAAAUCCAGAGCUCUAACUGGAGUAGAAGCCAUGGAUAAUCCCCGUGAUGCUAUAAGUAGGACCUUCUGCAAUGGUGUUCCUGAAAAUAAGACUGUCUCGCUGGUGAAUAAAGAACAUGGGCAGCAGAUAUUAAAAGUUUUGCAAAAUUUUCGUGAUCAAAAUAUCUUUUAUGAUUUUCAUAUAAUUGUGAAAGGAGAAAGCUUUCCCUGCCAUCGCUGUGUUUUGGCUGCAGGUAGUGAUUUUUUCAGAGCAAUGUUUGAGGUGGACAUGCGAGAAAGAGAUAACGGAAGUGUCAUGAUUUCCAGCUUGUCUCCCAAAGCAGUGAAGGCCUUUCUGGAUUUUGCUUACACUGGAGAAAUAGCUAUAAAUGAUGACAAUGUAGAGAUGCUUUUCCAGUUGUCAUCCUUCCUCCAGGUGUCAGUGCUUUCUAAAGCUUGCAGUGAUUACCUUGUGAAGACACUUGAUCUCACCAACAGUCUGCAGCUCUUAUCCAUAGCUGAAAGCUAUGGAUCAGCCCGCUUAUAUGAUCAAGCCUUGCAAUUUGUACAGCAACAUUUUUCAUUACUCUUGAAGUCUAGUGAAUUCUUGGAGAUGAAUAUUGGAAUGUUAGAAAAAUGUCUUGAAGCAGAUGAACUGAAUGUCCCCAGUGAAGAGGUGGUAUUGAGAACUAUUCUUCAGUGGGUUAAUCAUGAUAUAGACUCUCGGUUAAAGCAUUUACCAAAUUUGCUUAAACUUACCAGGCUGCAUCAGUUACCUGUAGAAACACUUCAGGAAUUUCUUCAGUCAGAAAAUUUGUUGAUGAACAACACUACCUGUUUUAAAGCCAUGACUGAAGUUGCUCAUAGCCUUGAGGAAUUAGGUGGCUUGUUCCCAGAUGCACGUCCCUCAACUACAGAAAAAUAUAUUCUUGUUCACAAAACAGAAGAAAAAGAAAAGCUGCAUAGUACAUUUUGCUAUAAUAUUGAAACAGACAGGUGGAAAGAGCUAAGCAGUACCAACAUUCGUGACUUACCAGGGUGCAGUUUGGCCAGUUUUGGAGAAAAGUUGUUCAUGACUGGUGGUUGUAAAGGGAGCUGUUGCAGGGCAGUACGUUUGCAUAUUACUGAACCAAAUCAUGAUGCCAGUGAUGAAACCUGGUGCUAUUGUCCACUUAAAAAUGAUUUUUUUCUAGUGUCACACAUGAAAAACCCAAGAACAAUGCAUGCAUCAGUAAGAAUCUUAAAUCAGUUGUUAGUAAUAGGUGGAAAGACCAGAGGAGGACGGAACAUUAGAAGCCUCUUGGAUGUUGAGUCUUACGAUCCCAUUACCAAAGAAUGGAAACUAGUAAAUUCCUUACCAAGAGGGAUUUAUUACCCAGAAGCUUGUGCCUGUAAACAUAUUGUUUAUGUCCUGGGUUCUGAGUUGGAGAUUUCUGAUGUCUAUAAUCCAUCACUAGACUGCUUUUUCGCAUAUGAUUCUAUUAGUGGUCAUUGGUCAGAACUUGUGGCAGAAUUUGGGCAGUUCUUUCAUGCUACAUUAAUUAAAGCUGUACCAGUGAACCACACAUUGUACAUAUGUGACCUUUCUACAUACAAAGUCUAUAGUUUUUGCCCAGAGACCUGUGUUUGGAAAGGGGAAGGGUCAUUUGAGUGUGCCGGCUUCAAUGCAGGAGCUGUUGGGAUUGCUGACAAAAUUUAUAUAUUAGGAGGGGACUAUGCCCCAGAUGAAAUCACAGAUGAAGUUCAGGUUUACCACAGCAACAGAUCAGAAUGGGAAGAGGUCUCACCAAUGCCUGAAGCCUUAACAGAGUUUUACUGCGAAAUGAUUCAGUUCAACAGAUACAGAGACCCAUGGAAACAGUAAACGAUAUACACUGCAAUAUAAUGUAUACAUUUACAGUUAUUCAGCUCUGUUUGCAUCACAGGUACUGAGCCAUUCUGUAAAUCUGUAGAGUAUUCAUUGGUUUUCAGAAUGUUAGGAAAAUAGCAGAGAUACACUUACCUUAUCAAUUGGGUAACUGUUGGACUUUCUUUUUUCUGCAUUCCUCAGAUCAGCAACAUAUUUCGGUCUUCUUCCUGUACUUAGAGUGUGACACAUAAUAAUAUCAUCAUGUGUUAAGCUAAAAGAGUACAAAAAGUUUGUCUGCCUCUCAGUUUGAGUUCUGUUCAUGAACUGUGCAGAGUUCCCCAGACAGGAAGCUGAAAAACACAACAUACAAUAAACAUACAUACACACAUAUGUAUAAAAUAUGCCCAGCUUCAAGGAAAAUUCAUCCACACCCCCUCUGGAUGCUUUCCAGGUACAUGGGGUAAGAAGGGGUUAGUAAGCACCACUGACAUGGUGAGAAUUUAUCUGUUGUAUAUGACUUCAGGGGACUUCUGCGGUGAGUUAAAAAGACUCAUAGGCUGUCAAAAAGUGAACGUCCAUGAUACUACAGUAAUUGGAUGAACAAAAACUGAGGGCUCAGAAGGCUGAAUUCUGUAACUCUGAAAAGUCAGAGAAAGCACCCUCCGCCCCCCGUAACUAUGAUCCAAACAUUAAUGAUUGGUGAAGGUCUGGAUUGAUGACCAAGUGCCUGUGGCACAUAUGGCUGUAGAGAAGACAGUUUUGAAGGAAGCAGUGGAAGCAGGCACAUUUGUAGUGGUGCAUCUUUUGGCCACAGUGAUUUCCAUUUUGUAGUUUGCCAGACACUGCAAGCCUCUUCCUCCCAGGAAUAAAGGGGACUAAAUGUAUUCACUGAAUUUAUGAAAAACUGAGCCAAGAGUACAUAUGUGCAGAAUCUGAAGGGCCAUCUUACUUCUGGUUUCUUCCUGUAUAAGAAUAUGGGGGUGAAUGGUCUCAUUUAGGAACAAUUGUGGUAUAACUUUCAGGAGGAAAGAUGAUGGAUCUAUUGGACACUUAAUCCUUAUGAAAAAUAAAAUCAGAUUCCAUACAAGUAAAGUAUAGGAACUCUGAGAUCCUGUGAACAAAGAUAAUCAGCAAAAAAAGAAAAAGCAUCUUCUAAGAUAACAUGAAUCACUGAACCACAAAUUUACCAGGUCAUACAGUGGACAGCAAAGUAUGUUGGUUAUGAAAUUUAAGCCCCAUAGAGGGGAAAGUUUCUUCAAAAUUGGAAAAGGUACAAAACAUCUUUAAGGAACUACUUAACCAAUUUCUGGGCCAAAGUUCUGCCCCCACCCAGGUCUUGAUGAGCAUAGAUGCCAGAGAUGUGCACCUUGACCUUGAGUGCUGUGUAACUAAACCCAAGUAAUACAGGUGUCUAAAGUAAGUCACAAUCACCUGUAAAUUACUGAGACAGAAUAGGUUCAGUGUGGCAAUCUACGCAAAUGUACAGUCUUUUUCUGGUGGCAGAAUGCAGCUGAAUGAUGGAAAGCUUUAUGAUGCAUCCGUCACCUCUUAGACUCCUGCUGUGAAGUCUGGAGAAAGCAGGGAGUCUAAAUGGGAUGCAGUGCUUUGAUGUGGAACCAGCCAUUGCCUUUUCUGAGUGGAAUUCUUCUGUGUUAAGUGGGUUAGCUGUCUGAACUGCUAAAGACUUGAGAGAUUCUGAAACCAUGCUAGUAUCCACUGGUAGUGGGCAGUGACAAUAAGCAUUGGUCUCUCUUGUGUGAAUUUUAUGAUAAGGUGUAAAAUCAGUGGGAAUUGGGGGGGAAAGUGAACAUUAAUCAUCUUUGCCAGUGGAGAGUGAAUACAUCCACCAUCAACUCCUUGUCAUGUUAAAUUGAGCAGAACAAGAAGAGGAUAAUAUUCUGUGAUGUGGCAAAAAGAUUGCUCCCUGGAUUAUCCCAUUCCCAAAAAAAUUGAAAUAGGAUUCCUAAAUAUUUAACUUUAUAAGAAUAGUAGCCAGAGCUGCAGGAGCCCAGCACAUUUACUUCCCCUGGGAUAAGAGUAGCUGUUAUGGUAAUGUUUUUGUAUUUUACUUAUUGACAGAUUGCAUAAUUUCUCUUCAAAAUGAGUAUGAGCAUAUGUUACCCUGUUCACUCAUGUGCCACACCAUGGGACUGGUUGUCUUAGCAGAACAGGACGGGCUUUUGUCACAAGUUCCCAUUCCACAACUUUCAGCAGAAGAAGGCCUAUACCUGGUGUAGAUACACUAGAGUCCCCUUUUCUGGGUGAUUAAUUUCCUCAUGAAUAUGGAGAGAGGCUUAGAUGGGCUUUCCAUCCUGCAAAUGAAGCAUGUCAUCUUGACUUGCAUUAGGUUUUGCUGCAGGAUGACUUUCGGUGAGUUUGGUGGAGAAAAGCCACAAUUCCAAACACAGCAGGUGGUAAAUGAAGAUUGGUGGUUACUUCAUCAUCACUGGCUAUUUGUCAUUAUUGUACACUUACUAAGGAAGAAGGCAGGGAGAUUUCAGUCAGCUCCUGGAGGACUUCAUUAGCCUGAGAGUCUACCCAUUGAAAAGGUUGCCAUGAUGAAUUAUAGGGAGAGGAGAAUCCAUUGUCCUUAUGCAUGAACUGAAGGUCUUUGAAUUCUCUAAGUCCCAUUCUCAGAGCAUAGAAAAUAGAAAGAACCUCCUGUACCAAUAGCUUCAGGAUGAGCCAGUCUGCAUUCACUUGACACGUAGGGUCAGUGAGUAAUGGGUAAAUGCCAGAGGGCUGACAGCAAGGCUCCAGCAUCAAGGGAAACAUGAACUGUAUGUGUUUGUGAGGUUUACAGACACCAGUGUAUGGCAAAAUUUUGGCAUCAAGCCAUGCUGUCUAAGGCUACCACAGACAUCUGUGAUGACACUUCCAUACUGAACAGUUGGUAAAUGUCUCAGGUUUGGACCUGUUCAGUAAACCCUGCUGGUGAGGAAUAACAAAGUAGAUUCUCCUAAACCUGUGCUGGACUGUAGAAGCCUGAAAAAAGGAGUCCUUUAUUUUACAUGUGAUUAUGAAAUCUCCACCAGGAGAGUCAAUUAAUUCCUUCAUGGUUUCAAGCUGGAACAAGUAUGCUGUGGUCAGUCAACCCUCGGGGGGAGUGGUACAAACAACCAGUGAUGCACUUUUUAAAUUGGUUGCCAGGGGUAUACUUUUACAGUAUUUUCAUGGUCUGCAGAUGACUGACACAAGCAUGACCCUUCACUAGUAGAAGGGCAGGUGGCAACACGUGCACCUUAAGACCAACUCAGGGAUAGCUGCACCUGUAGAAGGGUGUGGCCGUUCUGCAGCCUCUGAUUACUUAUCAUCUGUCAGUAUUCUGGCACCAUCUUCAUUACAUGAGGAGCCCUUCUACCAGUCCUGUAUUGGCACCCUAGAAUUAUGCCAUUUUAAGGGAAGUGAGGUAGACAUUCAGUGCCUUUAGGUAGGUGAGUUAAAUUUAAAUCAUUGUCAAAGUAUGGAAGAAGAGUAGGAAAGAGUAUCAGUUUUGCUGGCUUAUCUAUUUUGUGGAGGUGAAUGUAGUUUUUUGACCGUGGCUGCAGCCUAUGGUGGAGACUUGGGGAAUUCUAGCCCUGCCAUAAUAAUGGAGACUUGCCCCCCAGAUUGCCUAGUACUUGGCCCACAUGAUGUCAUUGGUACUUUGGGUGUGCAGCAGGACUGUGAGUAGGUAUAACAAACUUCUGAAUCACCUCAGGAUCAUCUUGGCCUGACUCUUCCCUCAUCUGUCAGUGUGGCUACAUCUAGCCAGUAGGGGAACAAAUGGAUCACAAGGGUAAGGCAGACACAAUGAUCUAUAAGGAAAGGUCAAAAAAGUCACUUCCAGUUAUGGCAGUGCUUAAUAUCAUGUGUCUCUGUCAGCCAAUAAAGAUACAUGUAUGAAUUUUGGCUUAGGGUUAGGCAGUCAAAGGAACACUCUACAGGUUUUAGCUGUCUAGGUAUUAGUAUGCAGAACUGUUUGGAGCCAUUUCUGAACUCUAUGAGUGGCAGUAAAGAUGUUAGUGCAGGAGCUGGGUGUUGCCUCCUGAUUUAAUGUGUGAUGCCGUGGUAUAAGCUGGCGGGGGCUUACGUGCUCCUGAGCAUAAGAAUGAGACAGAAAUGAAUACAGUGCCAGAAAUUACAGAAGAAAUCGUAAUGAUUAUCUAUUGUAGAAGGUGUCAGAUAUCAGAUUCAUCUUGUUUUCUUAUAUGGUGUCAUUGUUUAACUAAUCUAAAUAAAACAAAUCGAUAACCAUA